AUGAGUCCUUCAGGGCUGUUUAUCAAGCACCUCACUAGCAGCAAGUCUUGCACUUUUGUUUCACUUGUCAAGUUAUUUGCUGAUGUAAAGGAUGGAGAAAGCCUACAGCUCUUUGAACAAAGUUCUCGCUCUCCCCAUAAACAAGAAACACACACCAUGGAGGCCAUGAAGCUCAUAGAGUUUGAUCUUAAGCAAACACUUACCCGACUUAUGACACAUCUUUUUGGAGAUGGGCUGGAGAUAAGAUGGGUAGACUGCUACUUUCCUUUUACUCAUCCUUCUUUCGAGAUGGAGAUCAACUUCCAUGGAGAGUGGCUAGAAGUUCUUGGCUGUGGAGUGAUGGAACAACAGCUGGUCAGUUCAGCUGGUGCUCAAGAUCGAAUUGGUUGGGCUUUUGGCCUAGGACUAGAAAGACUGGCCAUGAUCCUUUACGACAUUCCUGACAUCCGCCUCUUCUGGAGUGAGGAUGAGCGCUUCCUGAAGCAGUUCCAUUUAUCAGACAUUAAUCAAAAGGUUAAGUUUCAGCCACCAGUUUUUUCCACCACCAGCAUUUGUAAGCAGAAAUAUUGUGAAGGAGAAUUGACUGGCAGUGAGGGUUAG